AUAAUAAUAAACCAUACAACCUUUCUUAAAAUAGAUAUGUACAUAUUUAUAUUUUCUUUGAAUAAAUUAGUCGAAUAAAGGAGAAUUUGAUUAAUAUAAUUAGUAUUUCUCAUCUGUACUAAGACUAAAUUUAACUCAAUGAUGACUCUCAUAUAAUAAUUUACUAAACUUAGCAUUAACAAACCUUGUUAACCCCACGGCAUUCCUCGUAGCCCGCAACACAGCCUGCGGUGUCUAUCUCCUCAUAUAUCUUCAUUGUUCAUAAUAUAAACUCACAAAGAUCACCAAACCUCGUUACAAAUCAACACAAUCAUAAUAAUCAUUUAUCAUCCUCGUACUACAGCUCUGCUGUUUCUCUACUCUGCCUUAGAGAACCAGCUUUAUUUCUUAGAAAACAAGAAACACAAUGGCACGCCCUGUUGUUAUCAUGGCUCUCCUUGUUAUUGCCUUAGCCGGGCUGGUUUCAGCCGAUGUAAACAGCGAAAUGAUCAAGGGUGGCACUGGUGCUGCAGCAGCAGCCGCGCCUCUCCCAGCCGCUGGACCCUCAGACGACAAUGAAAUUGGAAACUCGGAUGGAGAUGGACAGAGCGACGACGAUGUUGUUGAGGCCCCCAUUGGUGGACCUGUUCCUCCUGGUGCAUUCUCUCCUACUGAUUCUUCUCCAACAGGUGGAGCAACUGGCCUCGUCGCUGGCUCAGCUGUCUCGGGUGCUGUUGCCCUUGUUGCUGCUGCUGCUGCUGGCUUCUUAUUUUAAGCAAAACUUUAUAUACAUUUUGCACAUUCACAUGCAAAUAUUACUCAUACCUAUACUUUUUUUUUUUAACUCUUGAGAUCAUCUAAUAUUUACUGUAAUCUCUGAAAAUUUGUUCAUAAUUACUAGUCUCUCAAAAACAUUAUAUGACUUUUACUCAAUAGUGAAACAUUUCUACAA